GUCAGACAUCAUCUGCGGAAUGUGGAAACGACGAAUUUCAAUGCAACACUGGAGAAUGUAUUAGAAGUUUGUGGAGAUGUGAUAGAGAAAAGGACUGCUCUGAUGGCUCUGAUGAAAAAGAUUGUGAACGUGAAACUUGCAAAGCAAGCGAGUUUUCUUGUAAGAAUGGAAAAUGUAUUCCAAAAUCUUGGAAAUGCGACAGAAGUAAUGAUUGUGGAGACAAUUCGGACGAAGACCCUUGCGAAAUGCCAUCAAAGUGUAAAGAUGGGCAGUGGAAAUGCCUUAACUCUUCGUCUUGUAUUCCUGUUUCCUGGAAAUGUGACGGCCGCGUCGAUUGUUCGAAUGGAACAGACGAAUAUAACUGUGGCAAAACAACUUGUCCAUUAAAUAAUUUCACUUGCAAAGACGGCACUUGCAUACCAAAAAGAUGGAGAUGCGAUGGAGAUCCAGACUGCGGUGAUAAUUCAGAUGAAGAAUCAUGCAAAGUAUCAACAAAGGAAACAAAACAGUGUAAUGACAACGAAUGGAAAUGCUUAAACUCUAGUGAUUGCAUUCAUGUUUCCUGGAAAUGCGAUGGCAAUGCUGAUUGUCCAUAUGGAACAGAUGAAUCCGACUGCGCCGUCAAUGAAUGUCUUAAAGACAACGGUGGUUGCAUGCACGAGUGUGUUGACCUCAAAACUGGAUAUAAUUGUUCCUGUAAAGAUGGCUUCCAACUCAGUUCGGAUGGGCACAGUUGCGACAACAUUGGUGAAUGUGCAAAAUAUGGUACAUGCCAUCAAGUCUGCAUCCAGAGGGGUGCGAGUCAUGAAUGCUCUUGUGCCAACGGCUAUGAGUUGGAAGAAGAUAGAAAAAGCUGCAAGGCAAAUGGUACAUUUGUUCCAAGAUUGAUCAUUUCUAGCAGAUACGACAUAAGGAAUGCUGAAAUGAACGGCAAAGACAAGCGACUUGUUGUUAGUGGUUUGAGGGGUGGUUCUGGCCUAGAUAUUGACGUUGCAAGUGGCUACAUCUAUUGGUCUGAACUGAUAGGGGAAACUAUCAGUCGAGCUCGCAUUGAUGGCAAAGGUGGAUUUGAAGUAGUAUUGAAAGGCAUAGGUGACCCACAAGGUCUAGCUAUAGACUGGAUCGGAAGAAAAAUAUACUGGACGGAUGAAAAAGUGAAGAUUGUUGCAGUUUCUGAAAUGCACGGUGGCAAUAAAAUGGAUUUAGUAGCUUUAGCCAGUACAAGCGAACCAAGAGCUAUUGCGUGUCAUCCAAUUAGUGGUUAUCUGUAUUGGACUGACUGGGGAAAAGAAGCAGGCAUCGAGCGAAUUUCUAUGGAUGGUGAGCUUGCAACAAGGGAGAAAGUGAUUUCAAAGGAUAUUGGUUGGCCAAACGGCCUGACACUUGAUAUUGCACAGAAUAAAAUGUAUUGGGUGGAUGCAAAAUUAAAGAGGCUUGAGGUAGCAAACUUGGACGGCAGUGGAAGGAAGAUAAUUGGAAAUUAUAUUGAUUUUCCCUUCGCAAUAGCACAUUUUGAAAAUUAUCUUUAUUGGAGUAAUUGGAGGACACACUCUGUGCAUAAAGUGGACAAAUUCAAAUCUCCAGGAUCAUCUUCGCAAAUUUUACGCACAGACGCUCAGCCAAUGGUUGUCAAAGUGUAUCAUCCUUUAAAGCAACCUGCUGGAAACAAUCCGUGCGGGAAAAACAACGGUGGCUGCAGUCAUUUGUGCUUGAUUGCGCAGAAGCAAAAUGGGACAGGCUUCUCUUGCAAAUGCCCAAAUGGAUUUCAUUUAAAGCCUAAUGGGAAGACAUGCAAAGUUGUUGCUCGUCCCAAGCCUGCUGAUACAAAUGAAUGCCUUGAAGACAACGGUGGCUGCAUGCACGAGUGUGUUGACCUCAAAACUGGAUAUAAUUGUUCCUGCAAAGAUGGCUUCCAACUCAAUUCGGAUGGGCAUAGUUGCGACAUUACAGUUGCCCCAAGGUUGAUAUUUUCAAACAGAAACGAAAUAAAGAGUGCUGCAAUCAAGGCCACAGACCACCGACGUGUUGCUGGUGGUUCGCAAGGUGCUGUUGGACUUGAUUUAGACAUAGGCAACAAUUACGUCUAUUGGUGUGAUUUACGGCUUGGCACUAUAAACAAAGCUCGCGUUGAUCUUGGCAACGAAACUGAGGUAAUAGCUAGAGAUUUAGGUAGCCCUUUAACCUUAACUAUUGACUGGAUCGGAAGAAAGAUUUACUGGACCAACAAUGGUGUCAAGAAAAUUGGAGUAUCUGAAAUGGAUGGUACCAGCAACAUGGAUUUGGUACAUUUAACGGCCGGCAGCAAACCAAGAGCUAUUGCCUGUGAUCCUAAGAAUGGCUAUCUCUAUUGGACUGACUGGGGAAAAGAGGCAGGCAUCGAGCGAAUUUCUAUGGAUGGUGAGCUUGCAACAAGGGAGAAAGUGAUUUCAAAAGAUAUUGUUUGGCCAAACGGCCUGACACUUGAUAAUGCACAGAAUAAAAUGUAUUGGGUGGAUGCAAAAUUUAAGAGGCUUGAGGUAGCAAACUUAGACGGCAGUGAGAGGAAGAUUCUGACUAACAGCCUCAAAUUCCCGUUCGCUCUAACUCAUUUUGAGCAGGAGAUCUUUUUUACAGACUGGCAGCAGAGGUCUGUUCAGGUUAUCAGUAAAACCAAACCAUCUCACAGUCUUUCCCAGUUGUUUCGCACUCGUUAUACGCCAAUGGACAUAAAAGUGUAUCAUCCUUCUAGGCAGCCUUUUGGAAACAAUCCGUGCGGGAAUAACAACGGUGGCUGCAGUCAUUUGUGCUUGAUUGCCAAAAUGCAAAAUGGCACAGGAUUCUCUUGCAAAUGCCCAAAUGGAUUUCAUAUAACGCCAAAUGGGAAGACAUGCAAAGUUAUUGCUGCAGCUCGUCAGUCUGGAUAAAUUUUCAAGAAAAGAGACGAGCUGUUUAUUUUCACAACUCUAACUCUUUAUAACAUAAUCGGAAGAAAUAGUAGAACAGACUAUUUUCUCAAAUAUUUACUUAAAUCAAAGUUAUAAUUACAAAAUAUUGUUUUUUAGAUCAAAGUUAUUUUCCAAAAUA